AUGGCUUCCUUGUUGCACAAAUUAUCCAGAUUACCCAAUCGGAUUUACCUUCCAUCAGUAAGAAAUGGUCUUGCCAGCAAGAGUCGCAACCUACUUAUCUAUAGGGCAGCUUCAGAUUUAGCCCAUUUGGAAUCGGUAAAACAGAAAAUUGACAGCAAACGUCAGAGCGCUUUGCUUGGCGGUGGUCAAAAUAGGAUCGAUGCACAACAUAAGAAGGGCAAGCUAACAGCAAGAGAACGAUUGGAUUUGUUACUAGAUGAAGGAAGUUUUAUUGAAUAUGACAUGUUUAGUGAGCAUGGCUGUACGGACUUUAAUAUGGAUCAAAAGAAGUUUACCGGAGAUAGCGUUGUAACGGGACAAGGACGGAUUAAUGGCCGAAUAGUUUUUGUGUUUAGCCAGGACUUUACCGUUUUCGGUGGAAGUCUCUCCGCUGUUCAUGCCAGAAAAAUUAUGGAUAAAGCUGCAACUGUUGGCGCACCUGUAAUCGGAUUGAAUGAUUCUGGAGGAGCUCGCAUCCAAGAAGGAGUAGAAUCUUUGGCUGGAUACGCCGAUAUUUUUCUGCGUAACGUUCUAACGUCAGGAGUUAUACCUCAAAUAUCUGUAAUUAUGGGGCCGUGUGCUGGUGGAGCUGUCUAUUCACCAGCUCUAACUGAUUUUAUUUUUAUGGUCAAGAGCACUUCACAUUUAUUCAUCACUGGUCCGGACGUAGUAAAGUCCGUAACUAAUGAAGUAGUAACGCAAGAAGAGUUGGGCGGGUCAAAAACUCACACCGCCCUGUCAGGGGUAGCUCACAAUGCCUUUGAAAAUGAUAUCGAUGCCCUUGCAAGAGUUCGUGAGCUAGUUAACUACUUGCCAUUAAGUAAUAAAGAUGCUGCUCCUGUUAUUAAAUCGGACGAUCCUGCUGAUCGAAUAGUGCCUGUCCUUGAUUCCAUUGUUCCAGCCGAAUCUAACAAACCUUAUAACAUUGUCGAUAUCGUUGAAGCGAUUGUUGAUCAUGGCGAUUUCUUUGAAAUCAUGCCGGAUUACGCGAAAAACAUUGUCGUAGGAUUUGCUAGGAUGCGUGGUAAAACCGUUGGUAUUGUUGGCAAUCAACCCCUUGUAGCGUCGGGUUGUCUGGAUAUUAAUUCAUCUGUAAAGGGAGCUCGAUUUGUGAGAUUCUGCGAUUGUUUUAACAUUCCGAUUAUCACCUUUGUUGAUGUACCCGGAUUUCUUCCAGGUACCGCUCAAGAGUACGGCGGUAUCAUUAGACAUGGGGCUAAGUUAUUAUAUGCUUACGCCGAAGCCACAGUUCCAAAGAUUACCAUCAUUACUCGCAAGGCUUAUGGCGGCGCAUAUGAUGUCAUGAGCUCUAAACACCUUCGAGGUGAUACAAAUUACGCAUGGCCUACUUCUGAAAUUGCCGUUAUGGGUGCUAAAGGAGCGGUAUCUAUCAUUUUCCGAGGUGACUCUGAACAAGCUGAACAAGAAUAUAUCGAUAAAUUUUCCAACCCUUUCCCUGCAGCUAAACUGGGAUUUAUUGACGAUAUUAUCGAACCUCGGACUACUCGUACGCGUAUCUGUCAUGAUUUAGAUAUGCUCGCAACGAAAGAUCUAUCAAAUCCCCGAAAAAAGCAUGGUAAUAUUCCUUUGUGA